AUGGAUGACGAGAUUAUAACUUCAAGCUUUUUCGAAUGAAUCGAAGCUAAUGAAGACACAUAUGACUAUCCGAUACUCUUCAACUCUGCAGAGCAUCUUGUGCUUACUUUUACUCUUGACAACAAUCUAAUUAAGUUUGAUUUCCAAGAAGUCUCCGCUACUUCAAGUUCCUCGAGUGCUCCAAUCAAAUCAUGGAUAGAAUGGGUAAACUCCUAUUUAAAUGAUCGUGCAGGCGAAAUUUUGACUGGGGAAAUUAACCUAGGCCAAAUCCUUGACAAAGUAAUUAAAAAAUACUCAGAAUUCAAAGAGUUUGACUCAGACCAGGAAGGAUUUUCUGAUGAAGGAGAAGAGGAAGAAGACAUGGACAUUGACUAUAGACAAGAAAUUAUUAGAGCUAAUCAGGUCGAAGAAAUAAAAAAUGCACAAAGAUAUGGAAAAGGAGACCAUUCCAUGGAAGGAAUUGCAGAGUACGCAGAAAAGCAUUUUAUUUUCCAAGAAGCCCAGAGAGCUGUGGAGUUGCUGGAAAGCACCUUCCAAAGAUGCCCGCAGCUGAGGCACUCAUGCAAAAUUUAUAACUACCCAGCGUUAUGCAAUAUCAGAAUUGAACUGGAUCUGGCGUUUUUGGAUAUUUCAGACAGUGUGAUGAAUAUGUUGGGGCUAAAUUAUGAUAAUCCAUUGACGAUCAGCAUGACUAUCAGCGAAAUAAAGUUAGUUCAAAGCUUAGAAGAGACCCAAUGAACCACCUCUUUGUUGGGAUCGUUAGGCUUUGAAGUCCUACAAGGAGGGCGCUAAUCUUAAUCUUAAUUAUAAGCAGGUGCGAGCCAUAUUGGUGAUACAAUUUUCUAAGGAUUUGUGAUUGAGGUUCAUCUGCUUUUAGAUAUUUCGAUUAGGCUUGGUCGCAUAAGAUGAUGAUUCGCUAGCAAGAGUGCCUGACACAACCUUUCUUCUUGAUUGCUUAAGUAAGGGCAGCCUAAAUAUGAGCUAAAGCGAAAUGCUUCUCCUUACCUUGUGGGCUCCAGAAUUGUGUGGAUAGAUUAUGAAUUUCCCUGCAUGCAUCAGGCUCUUGGGAUGCAGCUUGAGCCAAGAAAUUGCCUUGGUGUCUGUAAAGAGUGAGGCUGCCUUUCUUCAGCAGCUAUAAGAAAAAGAGUAAAAGCUUGGUACCCAGGCCGAUUACUUUGCUUCUCGGAAGGAAAUCUCUAGUUCUUAAUGACUUUACGAGUCUCCUUGCACUUCCCACUACAAAGUCAAAGCUUACCUAAAAUUCAACUACGAGCGGGCCUUAAUUCUUGUCUGGCUUUUCUCCCAGCCGGCCUUGGCCAUAAGAUUGAUAAAUUGUAUUAAGAGGCCGGGUGUGCUUUGUCGAUAUUUAAUAUGCAUCCUGCAAGGAGGCUCGAUGGACUCUUAUGGCUGUAGAGAAUAUAUAUUAGGAAGAGUUAGAAAAUUCCGAGAUGAUACUUACAAUUGCAUAAAAGCUCAUGACUACCUGCCUUCAGUUCUUGCACUGUCUAGAGAAAACAGUGUUGAGCCUGAUUCAAAAGGAAUUGAGCAUGCCGACAUUCUAGAAAUGAUUGAGAUGGGUUUUUCUGAGCAGCAGUCAGUUGCUGCUUUAAGGAUUGCCAGAAAAAAUAAAGAUGUAGCUAUAGAUAUGCUGACUGGAGGCAUGAACCUAGGCUAUGGAGUUGAUUUCCAAGAUGUCAUCAUCCCAUGCGACAAUUUCUUUUAUAACUUGCUUUUUUAUAUAAGAGACCGCCUACAAAAAUGCACCAAUUACUGCUUUAUUUGCUAUAAAAAGCAUGAAUUUGAGUCAAUGAGACUAAGGCCUUGUGCACAAGAAAUAUGCGAAUUUAGGUUCGAAGAGAUUUCAGGACUUUCACUAUAUGCAGAAUUAAGGUCAAAUAUGGACUUAGCGAUGCUAGAUUUGUCAUUAGCAGCUGAAGCUCUUACGUCUCCUAGAGCGCUCACUAUUUUUGAGCCUUUUCCAAGUUUCAUGCUUAAAUCUAACCAAAUCAGAGGAAAAGCAGGAUUUCUCAGCAAAGGAAGUGUAACUUACUCAUCUGAUAUGGACUCUAAUAAAGACAUAAACCUUCUUCAACAAAUUUUUAGAGCCAUGCCACAUCCGUCAGCUUUAUUAGAACAAUCUCAUGAUGAAAAUACUCUACGCGAAGCAUUAACAACGAUGUUAGGAGAAAAUGGAACACUUGGAUAUAAAAUUAUGAGGUAUAUUGUAGCUACAAACCGGCUGAUGCUUGUAAACUUAACUGGGAAUAAUCGAAUAAAGCAGCUAGAUAGAGUUCAGCAAUAUUUCGUCACAAAUCACCCAGCUGAAGUUGAGAGAGCAUUUCAAGCCAAGAAAAAGCAAAACGGCUCAUUUUUUGCUUUUCACGGGAGCGCUAUAGAGAACUGGUACUCAAUAUUGAGAAACGGCAUCAGAAAUCUAAGUAACACGCACAUGAUGACUUGUGGAGCUGCUUAUGGGGCAGGUGUUUAUUGUGCUGAAAACAUAGCCACGUCACUAGGGUACACAAGAAUGUCUGCUGGGAAUUGCAUUUGACCUCAUGGGAAUCUUCAUUGUUCUUCAAAAGGAUGCAUGGCCAUACUGGAAGCUAUUAACAAAUCAGCAAAUAAAAGCAGUGGAAGUGGCAUUUAUGUAGUGCAGGACGACACUGAUGUUAUCAUUAGAUAUCUCUUGAUUUUUAGUCAAAGUGACAUUGGCGGAGUCAGCGUAAAUGUGUCUGAUCUUGGACUAGACAAGCAUUAUAAAAAUUUUUCGGAGUCAUUGAAAAUAAGAGCACAAGAAAUCAAGCAGCAAAGAAUCAAGUCAGCAGUUGAAAGAUCACUUAAAAAAGAACAAGAAGAGCAAAGAGCAAGAAAGCACUACGAAGAGUAUAAAGUCAUUAAAAAAGAAGCAGAAGAACAAGACCAUCAUCUUGAUUCAAAACUUUCAAGCCUAGAAAAAGCUUAUGCUGGCCAAGGCUCCACAACUUCAAAUAAAAGGAUCCUUCAAGAGUAUAAGUACCUGCAAAAGUCAAAAGAAUGUAAAGGCUUAACUGUGGAGUUUGAAGGUGGCUCAAAUAUAUAUAUUUGACUUGUCCAUUUAGAUAUGAACAAAUUUGAGAUUCCAAAUGAGCUUAGUCAGGAUUUCGAAGCCUACGCAAAGCGUUACUCAAGAGAGAAAGAAAUGCUUUUUGAAGUAAGAUUUGACUCGAAUUUCCCAUUUAAUCCUCCGUUUGUAAGAGUAAUCAGACCUCGUUUUGCAUUUAGAACAGGGCAUAUUACAGUAGGAGGGUCAAUAUGUAUGCAGUCUUUGACUUCAUCAGGGUGGAUUCCUGUGAGGACAGUUGAAAGCAUUUUUAUAGAAAUUCUAUUCAAUAUGGCUGAAGGUGGAGCAAAGCUUGACGCUACACAAGCUCACAUCGAUUAUACACUUUCUGAAGCUCAAGAUGCAUUUAAUCGUGUUGCAAGGGACCAUAAAUGGAUUUAA